CGACUCCAAAUUAUUGCCUAGCAGCAUGACCACGACUCCUCUAUCAUCCCAGACCCCUUCGUACAAAUGGGUCGCGCCAGUUGUACCCUUGACAUUGACUGUCUUGGCUUGACCGUACGACAGGAUGUCAAAGAAAUACCGAACAGAUGAUCAACAUCAAGAUCAUGGUGUUCUGCGCCGUUUUGGCCUUAAGAGCAGCGCACAGGCAGAUCACAGGCCAACUCGACGCUUUGAAGAGGUACCCUCAUCUAUGGCGACCACCCAAGUGACGCAGAAUGAGAUUAUAAACUUACAGAAUACAUUCGCAACUAAUUGCUGUUAUAUAGCCAGCAUUGUGCUAUACGUGUACGAUCGCGCAACUACGGUUGGACAAGAAAUCGAAGUCGUAUGGCUGCGCAAAAAGACGCUCGUCAUUGCGCUGUAUACGUGCAUGCAUAUAUUCGCCCUUGCUUCGUUAUUCAUCGCAACGUUGCUCGCGCUGUAUUCUGGGCCUUGUGAAGUACGCAUCCACGAUCAUGCUCCGUAUAACGCGCACUGACAAGCUACAAGUCGUAUGUACUCGCUGAUCCAGGUUCGCUGCUGAUACUUGCGGCUGAUCAAUGUUUGACUUAGAGCAUAUUCCAUAUACAUAUUAUACGUCGCCAUAGGAGCAGCGCAGUACUUUACCCUCGGACUGAUUGCAGCAUUACGCGCGCUGGCCAUCGACAGUCGAGAGUGGCGGAUCCCUUUGGUCAUUGUGUCGCUCUCUC